CGCGAGUCGAGAGCUUUUAGAUAGGUAUGUUCGGCAGCCGCCUUUCCUGCUACAGGCUAGCGUGACGGGCGCGCGCCUGACGAGGAUCUGGGCCGUGCAGCAGGGCGCGGCAUCGCCUUCUACCUCACUUGCACUUGCACUCCAUCUACACUCGCAUCCACACCGUCCAAAAUCCACAACCGCAAGCGACUCGUCAGCGAACAAAAUAAUCCCCGCUCGAGCCAAUAGACCGCGAGCUCAGACGAGCACCUCCGCAUCAAAACCCUAUCUACCCUCCUCCAUCGGGAGUCGCCAAAGCCAUCACCUCACACACCUACCAUGGCGCCCGCAAUGAUCAACGUCCUCCUGACGUCCUUCCCAGGCCUGGGGCUGCCAUCGACGCUCUCGCUCCCCCUGCCCAGCACAGCGAGCAUAGCGGACUUCGCAGACGCGCUCGCGCAGCGCAUGCCCGCCGUCAACAACCGGCUGCUAAUCACAACCUCAUCGAACAAGCUCCUCUCGCCGCAGUCCUCCGCGCCACUAGCGACGCUCCUCUCAUCCGCGAGCGACAGCUUCCUGCCGCUGCGCCUGUCCGCGCCCCUCUGCGGCGGCAAGGGCGGCUUCGGCUCCCAGCUGCGCGCCGCCGGCGGGCGCAUGCGCAAGAAGCGCGGCGCCGGCGAGGACAACGGCUCCUCGCGCAACCUGGACGGCCGUCGGCUGCGCACUAUCAACGAGGCGAAGGCCCUGGCGGAGUAUCUGGCUGUCAGGCCCGAGAUGGACCAGAAGGAGAAGGAGGAGCGCCGUAAGCGGUGGCAGGAGAUUGUGGAUGCAGCGGAGCGCCGGGAGGAGGAGAUCAAGAAGGGUGGUGGGAAGGGCCGCUUGAAUGGCGAGUGGGUCGAAGCGAAGGACGAGGCUACCGAGCGCACCAGGGAGGCUGUCUUGGCGGCUAUGAAGGCGGGCGAUAUCUCGGAUGCUUUGGGCAAGAAAGAGAGUGAUACUUCGGCUUCUCCUUCCGAGGGCUCCGACAGUGAAGAAGAUGCAGCAAAGCCGACUCCAGGCGCCUCGAAGCCUUCGAGCGCUUCGAAGCCUGCUCCAGCUCCGAGGACUUUCUUUGGUUGGGAUGAGGAUGAGGAUAUGAGCGAUGAGGAAGAUGAGGAAGACGAGGGUGACGAGGGUGAGCCUGCCUCGGCUACGAUCACGAACUAGAACAAAACCGAGGACUAAGAAUUCUCUUACUGGUUCAUGGGCGCUAUAAUGGGAGGCGUUCUGGGGAUUUUGUUUUACUAGGCGUUGCGUCUGCGUGCAGAUUGACAUCUUUGCUGGUUGUACAGCUGCUGCCUGGCUGGAGUGAGCUGCUGGACAAAUUGCUAGCUGCUGGGGGAGAACGAAGACCGCGGAUCAGGCUGCUGGGCGAGUUUCUGGGGCGAUGGAAGCGGGUUAGUUAGGCUAUUCAGUCUACCCAGUCAGCGGCUGGCUGCAAGCUGCCGAGCGAUUGCGUGUGCGUGCGGGGUUAAGAAGGUGCGGAAGUAUAAAAGAGCUGCGAAGAAGCAGGGUGACAGCGAGCAAUGAAGAACCGCAGUAGAAUGCAUAAAAGGCCAGCCGACU